AUGGCGAUACGCGAGCUGAAAGUCUGUCUGCUUGGAGAUACUGGGGUUGGGAAAUCGAGCAUCGUUUGUCGGUUUGUCCAGGACCACUUUGAUCAUAAUAUUAGUCCUACUAUUGGAGCAUCCUUCAUGACUAAAACUGUGCCAUGUGGGAAUGAGCUUCAUAAAUUUCUGAUCUGGGACACAGCUGGUCAGGAACGGUUUCAUUCCUUGGCUCCGAUGUACUACCGAGGUUCAGCAGCAGCUGUGAUAGUGUAUGAUAUCACCAAACAGGAUUCAUUUCAUACUUUGAAAAAAUGGGUGAAAGAACUAAAAGAACAUGGUCCUGAAAACAUUGUAAUGGCCAUCGCUGGAAACAAAUGUGAUCUUUCUGAUAUCAGGGAGGUUCCUAUGAAGGAUGCCAAAGAAUAUGCGGAAUCUAUAGGUGCAAUUGUUGUUGAAACCAGUGCAAAGAAUGCUGUUAACAUUGAAGAACUUUUUCAAGGAAUAAGUCAGCAAAUUCCACCCUUAGAUCCUCAUGAAAACAGUAACAAUGGAGCAAUCAAACUUGGAAGGCAGGCUUCACAGACGGGUAGGCGGUGCUGCUGACCCAACUUGAUCUUUUCAGAUUUACUUGAAAAACAGCACCAUUUGCUUUUUUUUUCACUGAGAAAGGACUUCGUGAUCUCAGUGACGUGGCUCCUUAUCUUGAAAGCAGUAAUUUCAAUACUUCCCAUGAGCAAUAACGCAAGGACCAGAAGCAGAAGGCUUUACUUCAAAGGGAUUUUGCAAAACCCAGUUGGAAAAUCCUCUCUAAUAUCCUGUCAAAAUUACAAUGUCAGAGUACUCCGAUUCUCUGUUUAAACCAGUGACUGGUUUUUUUUGGGGUUUUUUGGGGUUUUUUUAAUAAAAAGAUCAAUUUUUAAAUAAAAUUUAGGCUUGCUGCAAAAACUUACUUUCUUACAUUUGCAAAGUGGACUUGGCAUGUUUUUAGAGUUUUCUCUGUAAUAAUAGGGUGAAAAAAUUCCAUAAAACCUGAAUUUUUGGUUACAGUUUCUCUGCCAUCUUUUUAGCUGGACUCUGCUUCAUGAUUUUUCUAAAUCUGCAGCUUCGUCUCCUACUUUCAGUAAACAUCAGCAAGAAGUGGACUGAAUUUGCUAACUGAAGAAAAAAAAGGAUCCAAAGUAUGAGUGAGUGAAUGCAGUUUUUAUGGACUGGAAGUCAAAAUCGGUGUCAGGAAGUGCUGUGUAUGUGGAAGAAGGAGUUGUCAUGGAAUCUAAAAAAACAAACGUGAAUGUUUGCUUACAGAUGUAAUUCCCUGAAUUUGUAAAGUAGUCUCCUCAAUUGUCUGGGGAUGUGGUGUGGAAGGCACACUAUUUGAUAUCUUUGAAGCGUGAUGCACUUGGAAAUGCAGUGGAGGAAAGAAUUCCUACAGAGAGUUAUGAAGUGGAAAUAAUGUAAAACCGUAUGUGUUUUCAACUUCUGUCUUUUAUGAAUGUGUGUGACUGAGAGGAUAAAAUUCAAAUUUAUCUUCUUCAUCAAUUUCAUUGGAAGUGGGAAUUAGAGUAAGAAACGCUGUAUUCAAAGCCAGAGCCCAGCCUGAAUUCCACAACAUUAAUUUGCUCUCUUAUGAGGAAAAUUAUCACCACUGCACAUUUUCAGGAGGGCUUAUGAAAAGCAAACAAAAGGGGAAAAUAACUUUCCACAAUAAAUCAUGAGCAGGCAGCCUAGAGCGUCGUUUCCGUGUUGAUACACAGAAACCAGACCUUAUUGGCUGGUUGUGAGAUUGCUUAGAUUAAAUGUCACUAAUUGUUAGGGCUUGAAACAGAGCCAGAUAAAAUCAACAGGAACAUUUUGUCUCUAGAGGUUUUGGAGUAGCAUAGGUGGGAAAUAUCUGUCUGCAUUUUAUUUGAGAACCUAGGCUGAUUGUUUUUUUCACAUAUAAGUAGUUUCUCCUAUAUUUUAGCCUCCUUUGAAAAUACUCAUUCUAGAAAAUAUGGCCUUGGAUAUUUUAGCUAAACUUUCAGUUUUCAGCUGUGCUGAUAUAUGAUCCAUGUCUCUGACUCAUUGCAGCAACUAUUUUACUGAUAAUCUAGGGGUAUUUAAGUGAAAAUUCAGUAAUCAUCAUUGUUGUUAGCUGGGGACGGAGACAGGCUCCUUUAGGGAACAUUUAAUUUCAUCCCGGUACAAGCAAGUCUACCAGGGAUGCCUUGCUCUUUCACUUGGGUGGGGAGGGAAAAGCUUAACGUGGCCUUCAGUGCUAAGGAAAUACCAAACUUACUGACAUCACAGGUUCAUACAUUUUAUGGGGUCUAUGAUCCAAUGUUGGAAGAGAUAUUAUUCCUCCUAAGUAAAACCCUAAGAAAGAGGCUAGACCAGUUACCCAGAAAACAAGGUGAGAUUGAACCCAUGUUUGUAGAGGUGUCAUAAACUGUAGUUCAACAUAUAGCAGUUAUCCAUAAUUGAUUUUUAAGCUUUUGUAAAUGAUUGUUACAUAUUUCUAUUUUUUUUUUAUCAUGGCAUCUCAAAACUUAGUAAAUCCUAACUGAGAUGUCUGAAAGCUUUGUAAGACAAUUUUGUGAGUACCUUGUAUACUCUAAUGUAUGUUAGAACUGGCAAUUGAUACUGAUCUUUAUGGCAUGUUAUCCUGAACAACCAGCUCUCACAGCUGGCUUUGAGCAGUAUGUGAAUCAGAACAGGUUUAUAAGUUAUAUGUUAAAACAGUUUUAAAUUGCAAGUUUUUACAAUGGAUCUCUGACAGAUUUUAAAUUUGAAUGGUGACUACAUAGGUUUUGCUUUUGGUGGGGUAAAUCUAAAUGGCUUUAUUCUGCUUUUAGUAAAGAAAAAUAUUUAAAUUAAUAAGGAAUCUGAUUGUAGAAGUUCUUGAGAUUUCAGUUACUGGAAGCUUCACUAGGGAAGUCUGAAGCCAGAAGAAAACAGGCUAAUGUGCUGUGCAGAUAUCUUGCAUUUUCCCUGAACACAGGGCUCACUUUUGACAAUGUUGUAGUCUCUCUGCUGUUUGUCAAAGCCAAGGUGCAGCCUCUUCCAAUGGGGCAAAUGUUUGUUAAAAAAAUAGUGAUGUUAAAAUGUAAAAUUAAUGAUUUCUGCUUCCACUGGUUGCCUGUUUUCUUGGGAAGUACCACCACCCUCAUAAACAGCCAGAAAAA